CAUCCUAACGCGAAGAGAAAGCCGUCCGCGACGUGCCGAUUGAUGACUUCACGCCGCUCGAACGUUGGACAGUGGGGAUUAACCAGCAUGCGGAGGCACUUUGAUUUGUGACAACCCACCGUGGACGAGCAGGAAAACGGUAGCCACUGGAAGUGAUGUCGGCAGGUGAUGAGCAGGACAGUGAGGCAGCAGUGCCUGUAUAUGUGUACGAGUCCAAAGUCCACUGUGCCAAUGUGUUAUUGAGCCUUGAGGAGCAGCGGAGACAGAGCAUCCUGUGUGAUGUCACUGUGUUGGUGGAGGGCAGGGAGGUACGAGCACACAGGGCCGUCCUCGCUGCGAGUAGCCGCUACUUCCUACAAGCCCUGCUAGGAUACAAUGGGCCACCAGGAGAACCCAUCAUUAACCUCCCUGACAAGGUGACUGCAAAAGGCUUUGCCCCACUGCUCCAGUUUGCCUACACAGCCAAGCUUGUUUUAAGCCAAGAGAACAUUCACGAGGUAAUCCUGUGUGCUGACUUCCUGGGUGUUCACAAUUUAGAGGAUUCCUGUUUCCGGUUUCUUCAAGCCCAGCUACAGAAUGACAGCCAACUGACCAGUAAUGGCAAGGUGGAAUAUGAUGAUGACACAGCCAAUAACACUAUCUUUUCUGAGACAACAUACACAGACAAUUCUACAGACAGGCAGCACACUAGCAAUAAAGCAACCACAAAGCCAUUUCCUACUGAUCUUCCUCAAUGCCCUAAAUACAGGAACUAUCAGUAUCAGCACAACAGUGAAACUCAUGAUGGUGGCGAUGACAAUGAUGAUGAAGAUGAUGAUGAUGAUGAUGAUGACAUCUUGGCCAACCAUACCUCUGCCAGCCCAGUGAGCUCACAGCUCACAGACUGCAGUGAUGUUAUGCAAACACUUCUUAGUCCCUUCAGAAUCAAAGAGGAACCUGUCUUUGAAGACGAAAGAGAUGAUCGGCGUGGAUGCAAUCCAGAAUUGUGUAUGGAAGAGGUGCUGGAGAUGGAAUUAGAGGUAGAAGGGGUUCCUGUAGCAGUUGAGCAUUCUCCAAGCAGUGGCUCACCUUCGUCCUGCCUGCGCUCAUACCUCCAAAGAGGAGGGCUGGAUCUUAGCAGCAUGCCAAGCACUACCAUAGAGCAACUCCUCUCCAACAGACUAUCCCUCAACCAUUAUAGAGAACUAGUCAAACACAGACAGAAAGACAAAAGGGAAGCAAUGGUGAAUCUCAAAACUGGCAUUGCCGAUGUACCAGCAACACUGACCAACACUGACAUGCCUAAUGCCUCCUCAUCCAAACAAGAAAGAGAGCUAGACAGACGCAGUGUAAUUUUCUCUUCAGCAGUGAGUGAUCAGCAACAAAUGAUAGCCCACUAUGGUGAUGAAAAGUUUAGUGAAAAGGUCUCAGGCUUGAUGCAGAUUGAUACUUCUUCUGCCAGCUCAUGUCUUCUUACAAAAUGCCGUGCUCCUGUCAAGACAUCAACUUAUUCCCCUGUCCCCUCUGAGCCCCAAAAUCAGACUCCCAGCUCCCAUUCUUCAUUUUCAUAUGCAGAGGAUGGAGGAAGUGGCAGCCCACCUUCCAACCUGCAACAGUUUGACUUGUCCCUGUCCCCACACUCUAGCUGCAUCUCUGGACUGUCUCAGUGCCUAGCAAGCAGAGAAGAGCCUAGGGACCUCCACAGUCGAGAAAUUGUCUUUUCUCAGGGUUGUGCUAAGAUCAAAACAGAGCAAGGAUUUGGUGCCAGUGGUGGAAACUCCAGCGACGAGUCGGGGUCUUUCUCAGAGGGAGACAGUGAAAGUGGCGUCAGAGUUCCUGGACCUGAGGUAAAGCUACCUUUUCCUGUGGACCAGAUCACCAACCUGCCACGCAAUGAUUUCCAGAUCCUCAUCAAGAUGCACAAAUUGACCUCAGAGCAGCUGGAGUUCAUUCAUGACAUUCGCCGUCGCAGUAAAAACCGCAUUGCUGCCCAGCGCUGUCGGAAGCGGAAGCUGGACUGCAUCCAGAACCUGGAGAGCGAGAUCCGCAAGUUGGUGCGUGAGAAAGAAAAACUGCUGAGUGAGCGCAACCAACUGAAGAUGUGUAUGUCUGAGAUAUGGCAGAACCUCUCUUUCCUCUCCCAUCAAGUCUGCAGAGACGAGCAGGACAGCCAUUCACCUCCCAUUUCCACCAGUAUUGACCUCACAUCGAACCCGCCAUCACCACUUGCUGAUGAGGAUUCAUACCACACAAAAUCACUUCAAGGAAACAAAGUUGUAAGUCUGUCAGAGAUCGGUCCUAAUGCAGGGGAGCUGACGGAUGGGCAGCUGGGGGUGGUGGUCUCUGGUCAGGGGAACCCACUCGUGUUGGAAUCAACAGACGAAGUAUUCAGUCCCACUGUAACUGUGGAUUUCUGUCAGGAAAUGAUCAAGAAAUGCACAACAGAAGAACAGAAGAGACAUGACGGUACUUAAAGUUCAGUAGUAGAUGUUUCUCGGUGACAUAUUCAUACCUGUCCGUUAAAAUAUUAAACUGUAAUAUUUAAAUAUGUUUUGUAAUGGGGAGCAAUUGUCCUCUAAGCAAUAGUGUUCCACAGGUAUUUUCCGGACUGGUAAAAAAAAAAAAAAAUACUGGCAGCUUUCUGUCUCAUUGUCUGUCUCAUCUUGACUUUUUUUUCCUGUCAGCUACCCUCCCUCCUGCGUCCAUCGCGGGAUGUUAAACUCAGGAAUUUCUCAGAAUGUUCACCCAAUUCCUUUUUUAACAUUUAACAUGAACUUUACUUUUGUCUGCAUUUUUACAGCAAAUCUGGCAAACUCAUUGCAGAAAACAAACUGCUAAGCCUAGCGGACACAUUGAAGCUACAAUUACCUUUUGUCAUUUAUUGGCCAUCUGCAUCUGUGUUGGGCUCAGGAUCCUCAACUGAAUUUACAAAGCCACAUAAAUAGUGGACAACACAACAGUGUAACCCAAACAAAUGUAAAAAGAGGAGGACGUAAAGCAUUUUGGUUGCAGUGGCAGUUUGUUACAAGAAAAUUAACUUUGUGAAAAGAGACUCUUUAUGUAUAUGUCAGUGGUUGGUACCCUCACAAAAGGGUGCUAAAUCUGGUAAGAAUCUACUGGUAACAGCUUAUUCUGUCGACAAUAGAUACAUAAAACAUUGUGUACCAUACCACAUUAGGCCUAACUGACAGUGCUGUGCUGCAUGGUGGAAAUAGAUAUCUUUUUGUUGGUCCUAUUGUUUAAGAAAUACAGUAGUAAUAGCAUUGUCAAAAUCCCACUGAACGCUGUGCACAGUCAUUGUGUUCACUUGUUAACCAAGAAACAGUUAACAUCUAAAUCAUACUUAGUCCCAUUUAUUUUCCAUUUCACAUUUUGGUUUAUAUCCGGGAUGUGGUGGAUGUAUGGAGAUUGAAUUGAUCUACAGUAUUUAAAUAUAUAAUGCUUCAAAUGAAUUGCACGGCAAUUUUAUGCCUUUAGCAAACACAAUCCUGGGUGCAUCCAGUUAAUAUGUACUGUGGAUGGACAUCUGUUUUUCGUGCAAUCAAGUUUGCAUUUCUGAACACACAAACCAAAUUUGUUGCCAUAAUGACUGGUAUUCACUAUGCAUCCUGAUCUGAAGGGCUUAAUGAUGAGUGUUCUUAAAAAAUGUUUGGGUUUUGCCCUUGAGUGAUUUCGAGUUCAGUAAGGUUAAGGAUAAGGGUACUGUUUCCACCAUCAAUGAGCUAAAACAAAUAGACCAAAUGGAUGUCUAUUCUAUUACUAUUUUUGUUUAUAUAUAUAUUUUGUUCUUUUUUUCAAAUGAGCUUCCCCAAACCUUCUACUCAUUCUUAACAUUAAAUUGUGUAUCAUUUUCCUGUAGGGCACAGUAUCGCUCAAGUUAGCUGUAAUUGUUGAGUGACAUAGGGCUUUAAGUCUAAAUCAAAGGUAAGGUCUACAUUUGUUUACCUUAUACGAAAUGGUGAAAUGAACUCUCAUUAUGCAAUGUUACUAUAUCAAAUACCAUUUUUUGUGUACCACAUGAUGGAUCUUUCAAUUUUUUUUUUUUUUUCUUUUUGUCAUAUCUGUGCGAAGACAUAACUUGAUCACAAAGUUGAAGCACUGCCAAGCACUUACAAGAGGUGAAACUUGGCACUGAUCAAGUGCCAAAUGGCGCUAAUACUGAGCAUUUGCUCAAUAUCAGCGCCAUCUGGCACUUGAUUUGGCACUUAAAUCAAGUCUUAAGCUAAAGACUAGGUCUCCAAACCGAUUAAGAACCAUGCCAAGCUUAAUUCAAGUUUCUACAAUCCAUCCUCUGAAGUAUGCAGACAUAUUCCUGAAAAUGUCAUUCAUUUUCACGAGCUCACAAAAGUGAGUACACUCCUCACAUUUUUGGAAAUAUAUUAUUACUUUUAAUGGGACGUCACUGAAGAAAUAAUGUUUUUCAACAAAGAAAAGUAAUCAGUGCACAGCUUGUAUAACAAUACACUGUCCCCUCAAUAUAACUCAACACAGGGCCAAUAAUGCCUCAACCAUUGGAAAUUAAAUUGAGUACACCCCUAAGUGAAAAUGUCCAAAUUUGACCAAAUUAACCAUUUUACUUCCCUUGUGCCAGGCGACUCAUUAGUGUUACACUGUCUCAGGUGUGGCUAGGGAGCAGCUGUAUUACAUUUCCUGCUUUAGCUCUCACACUCUCAUAGUGGUCACUGGAAGUUGAAUAUGGCACCUCAUGGCACGGAACUUUCUGAAGUUGUAAGAAGGGGAAAAAAAGAAUUGUUGCUCUUCAAAAUGUGCUUGAUAUUGCAGCGAAGUGUCAUUGCUUCAGUGUUGUCCCAUGAAAAGAUAAAAGUUUUACAAAAAUGUCUGGGGUGGAAUCCCUUUUGUGAGAUACACUAUGUCUAAUAUGAAAUAAAUGCACUGAACAAAUGCAUACACUCCACAAAAUAUUGAAUUUCUACUCACCGGCGACAACACAAGAUACACUUGCAUCAAUCAAUCCAUUGCAGUAGGUCUAGCAGGUUUCCUGCCUAUAUAAAAGUAAUCCAUCCAUCCAUCCAUUUUCUGAGCCGCUUCUCCUCACUAGGGUCGCGGGCGUGCUGGAGCCUAUCCCAGCUGUCAUCGGGCAGGAGGCGGGGUACACCCUGAACUGGUUGCCAGCCAAUCGCAGGGCACAUAGAAACAAACAACCAUUCGCACUCACAGUCACACCUACGGGCAAUUUAGAGUCUCCAAUUUAUGCAUGUUUUUGGGAUGUGGGAGGAAACCGGAGUGCCCGGAGAAAACCCACACAGGCACGGGGAGAACAUGCAAACUCCACACAGGCAGGACCGGGGAUUGAACCCCGCUCCUCAGAACUGUGAGGCUGACGCUCUAACCAGUUGGCCACCGUGCCGCCUAUAUAAAAGUAAUAAUGCUCAAUUCUGAUUGACACUUUAACAAUACAUUAUGUUUAUUAUUGUGAUUGUAUUGUAGGAUAAAACCUUGAUUAAAACAACAAAAACAACCUGAAUUUACUUUUGUGCACUGCAGGACAACGAAAUGUAAUUAUGCGGAGCAAGUUGGUAAAUCUCAAACAAACAAACAAAAAUAAAAUACAAGAUAUACAAUUAAGACCAAAAUUAGUUAUGUGCUGGCCAUAUUUUGAGUUAAAUAUAUUUUUAUUUGAUCAGAAAAUUACACAUGAAAGUGGCAAAUGGCUUUGAGAUGUAUUGAGAUAUAUUCAUUUUCCAUCCAUCCAUUUUCUUCCACUUAUCUGAGGUCGGGUCGCGGGGGCAGUAGCUUUACCAGGGAAGCCCAGACUUCCCUCUCCCCAGCCACUUCGUCCAGCUCUUCUGAGGGGAUCCCGAGGCGUUCCUAGGCAAGCUGAGAGAGUCUCCAGCAUGUCCUGGGUCGUCCCCGGGUUCUCCUCCUCACCUGGGAGGCGUCCAGAAAGCAUCCUAAACAGAUGCCCGAGCCACCUCAUUUGGCUCCUCUCAUUGCGGAGGAGCAGCGGCUCUACUCUGAGCCCCUCCCGGAUGACCAAGCUUCUCACCCUAUCGCAAAGGGAGAGCCCGGACACCCUACGGAGGAAGCUCAUUUUGGCCGCUUGUAUCCGGGAUCUUGUUCUUUCGGUCACAACCCACAGGUCGCGACCAUAGGUGAGGGUAGGAAUGUAGAUCGACUGGUAAAUACAGAGCUUCGCCUUUCGGCUAAGCUCCUUCACCAGAACGGACCGAUACAAAGUCCGCAUCACUGCAGACGCUGCACCGAUCCGCCUGUCGAUCUCCCGUUCCAUUCUUCCCGCACUCGUGAACAAGACCCCAAGAUAUUUGAACUCCACCACUUGAGGCAGGAUCUCCUCUCAAGAGAGGGCACUCCAUCCUUUUCCAAUUAAGGACCAUGAUCUCAGAUUUGGAGGUGCUGAUUCUCAUCCCAACUAUUUCACACUGGGUUGCGAACCGCUCCAGUGACAGUUGGAGAUCACGGCUUGAUGAAGCCAACAGAACCACAUCGUCUGCAAAAAGCAGAGAUGCAAUACUGAGAGCACCAAACCGGACUCUACGCCUUGGCUGCGCCUAGAAAUGCUGUCCAUAAAAGUUAUGAACAGAAUCGGUGACAAAAGGCAGCCUUGGCGGAGUCCAUCCCUCACCGGAAACGAAUCCGACUUACUGCCGGCAAUGCGGACCAAACUCUGACACUGGUCGUAGAGGGACCGAACAGCCCGUAUCAGGGGGUUCGGCACCCCAUACUCCCGGAGCACCACCCAAGGACUCCCCGAGGGACAUGGUCGAAAGCCUUCUCCAAUUCCACAAAACACAUGUAGACUGGUUGGCGAACUCCCAUGCACCCUUGAGGACCCUGCCGAGGGUGUAGACCUGGUCCACUGUUCCACGGCCAGGACAAAAACCACAGUGCUCCUUCUCAAUCUGAGAUUUGACUUCCCGACGGACCCUCCACUCCAGCACCCCUGAAUAGACCUUACCAGGGAGGCUGAGGAGUGUGAUCCCCCUGUAGUUGGAACACCCCUUCCGGAAGGGGGACCCCCACCCCAGUCUGCCAAUCCAGAGGCACUGUCCCCAUUUCAACCAGGACAGCCACACAACAUCCAGACCCUUUACGAACUCCGGGCGAAUCUCAUCCACCCCCGGGGCCUUACCACCGAGGAGCUUUGUAACAACCUUGGUGACCUCAACCCCAGAUAUAGGAGAGCCCGCCCCAGAGACCCCAAACUCUGCUUCCUCAUGGGAAGGCGUGUCGAUAGAAUUGUGGAGGUCUUCGAGAUAUUCUCCCCACCGCUUCACAACGUCCCGAAUCGAGGUCAGCAGUGCCUCAUCCUCACUAUACACAGUGUUGAUGCUGCACUGCUUCCCCCUGAGACGACGGAUGGUGGACCAGAAUUUCCUCAAAGCUGUCCGGAAAUCGUUCUCCAUGGCCUCGCCGAACUCUUCCCACGUCCGAGUUUUUGCCUCAGCGACCACCAAAGCUGCAUCCCGCUUGGCCAGCCAGUGAGCCCACAGGACGUGCGACCCACAUUACCCUUUCGGGCUGUGCCCGGCUGGGCCCCAUGGCCAUCAGUGCUUGCCUUCGAGCCCCAUGGCACCUCCAGGCCUGGCUCCAGAGGGGGGCCCCGGUGACCCACAUCCGGGCAAGGGAAACCUAUGUCACACUGAGGGUAUGUUUGUCAUAGGGGUUUUUGGAGCCUUGCUUUGUCUGGUCCCUCACCAAGGACCUGUUUGCCAUGGGUGACCCUACCAGGGGCGAGAAGCCCCAGAUAACUUAGCUCCUCGGAUCAUUGAGACACACAAACCCCUCCACCACGGUAAGGUGAUGGCUCAAGGAGGAGAUAUUCCUUUUUAAAUCACAAUUUUCAUAAUUUUAUCCAUCCAUCCAUUUUCUGAGCCGCUUCUCCUCACUAGGGUCGCGGGCGUGCUGGAGCCUAUCCCAGCUGUCAUCGGGCAGGAGGCGGGGUACACCCAGAACUGGUUGCCAGCCAAUCGCAGGGCACAUAGAAACAAACAACCAUUCGCACUCACAGUCAUGCCUACGGGCAAUUUAGAGUCUCCAAUUAAUGCAUGUUUUUGGGAUGUGGGAGGAAACCGGAGUGCCCGGAGAAAACCCACGCAGGCACGGGGAGAACAUGCAAACUCCACACAGGCGGGGCCGGGGAUUGAACCCGGGUCCUCAGAACUGUGAGGCUGACGCUCUAACUAGUCGGCCACCGUGCCGCCUCAUCAUUUUAUAUUUUCACAAAACAUUCCAUGUCCAAAAUUAUUCAACCCUCUUCCUAAUUCUGGCAUAUCAUAUUUGAAAUGUAUAGUUUAUAGAGCGGUAGGUACCUGGAUCCUCGGUGUUCGAAUGUUGCAGAAGAUUGUGUAUUCUCAAACUUGUCUGAUAAGAUCAAGGAUAGGAGUCAUGUAAUGUGACAAUUGAUGAAAAUAUCAAAUAUGUUUCAUAAAUGUCUGCAACACAACUUCUUCAAAUUCUUAAAUCUCUUUCCCCAUACUUUUGGAGAUGGACAGUAGUUUUAUGAUAUAACAUGCUUUAAAAAUGCAAAAAAGAUGUCAUGAUCUGCUUAAUACAACUCAAAACGCUUUAAAAUCUGAAGUUAUUGUCAUCUCGGUUAACAAUUUUGUUUGUUUGUACCAAUCCAAUUUGUGUAUUCUGUGAUUUUGCACAAACAGCCAAACUGAAACAGGAUCUGGAUGACAGAUGCUUACCUUAUCCAAUUCACACAUCGUACAUUUAUGGAGACACAAAACAAAAGUAUUAAUGGCAACAUAGGUAUCUUUAUGCCAAAUAAUGUAUCUUGUGAAGUUCAAAACUAAAGACAAACACAGUGGUACAUUCUUGAUUUAGGGUAAUCCCAAAUUCAUCUGAUGGUGAAAAGUCAAUAGUCACAUGGCAAGGGUGAGUGUUGCUGCCAUCUGCUUUGUUGCUUUAGUCAUCACUUUGCUGCUGACCGGACAGCUAUGCAGAGGAGCAUGUUUACUCCAGAUUGAAUGGUUUCAGGUUUCAUGCCAUAAUUGAAGCAGUUGUCGUUAAUGACGAAAUGAAAGCUUUUUUAAGAAAGAAAGCUCUUUAUCUUACAGACAGAAUUCACUGUUACCAAAUCCCCGGAAAGACCCUGUAAAGCUAAUGGUUUUCUUAUUUGAAAUUGUGGAUUGUUUAUCAGAGUAGAUAAUAAUCAGCAUCAUAUCAUGUACUUUUCUUUCUUAAAGGUGAACUUUAUUAAUUUUUCCACUUUCUCAGAGUGGUUAUAUUUGACAAUUUCAUGGAAUUACACAUCUUUAUUUACUUGUCACACCUGUACUUACGUUGUAAUAUUUUCUUAAGACGAGUGAGCAUGUUUACAAUUUUAAUGUUUUGUGUGUUAUUUUUGUUUUGUAAAGGUACUACUAAGACCCCAUUAUUAAGUUAAAUUGAAAACCAUUUUGUUGUACAAACCGUAAAUUAGCUAAAUGUUGAUGAAUUUGUAAGAACAAUUACAAGUCUUACAAGUGCAGCUAUAUUUUCCUUCUAUAAAGGCCAGGUUAACCUGGAAGGUUAGAAUUUUAUUUCUUGUAAAUUGUGUCAUCAUACUCGUGAAGCACUUGUUUACCUCAGCUGAGGCCACCAGAAAAGGGGAAACUACAACUAUUGUAUAUAUCUUAUGUAAAUAUGGAGAACAAAAUUGUUCAAUGGUAAAUAAAUUAUCAAAUCAGUCAAUCCAGAUGAAGUACUUGUGCUUCUCGCCUUUAAAUUACAAUUGGAGUAGUUGGUGAUCUGUCCAGAUUUUACCCCGCCUCUUGCCCAUGACCCUGAAGAUGAUAAAUAAUUGAUUAAUAUAUGAGGUAUACAUUACCUGUAACAAAUUUUUACACAAAAACUAAAACAUUAUGAUAGCUUUAAUCGUGAUCAGAAUGACUGUUUUCAUUUAGACUUUUUUGAUUAUUUUGUUUCUCCAUAUAGACGACAAUUGAAAUGUUACUCCAAACCAAUGUAAAAAUAACUUAAAUAUGCUGUUACUGACCUUACGAAAAUGAAAAAAACAGCACUUGAAUCAAAAUGAAGAAUCAAAAGUUUGUAGUUAAAGUAAAUAAGGUUCACAUUCUUGUACUGUUUCUGCACUCUGAAAAUGCCAUGAAUUGUUUCAAUGCCUGCUUUAAAUUUGGUAUUAUAUUAUUCCCUUACUGUUAUAAUGAAAACCAGUGAAUUGAUGAUGCAAUCAGAGGUGUUGAUAGAGAAGGAACCAUCGUGAUGUAAAGUUUAUGUUUUUCUCCUGUUUGCUAAAAAACUGACCCGUGUGUUGCCAUCUAUUCUCAAUAUAUUAUUAAAUCAAAUUGUACUAUCAGGAAAUAGUAACUCUGCUGGGACAAAAUUGUAAACAUUACUGUAAGUUGUAUAACAAACCACGACUUGCAUGGCCCUCUGUGCGCAUUAAUGUUCAUAUUGUGUUUCGAUAAAUGUUCCAUUGCACGAGGUGUACCAAGAGUUUAGUUACCAUAUUUUCACGACCAUAAAGCGCACUUAAAAGUCUUAAAUUUUCUCUAAAAUGGACGGGGCGCCUUAUAAUGCGGCGCGCCUUAUGUGUGCACCGAGUUCCAAAAUCUGUAAAUGUUGUGUGACUUUGAUGAGCGCUCCGCUUGACUGACUGGGAGCAUUUCCUGCCGACACGCUGCUUAUAUAGAGGAAAGGCGGACGUGACUGAGGACAGCAUGGGGACGUUAAAAGGGGAAGGGUGCGCGUGAAAGAGGACGCUAAAGGCAUGCCCCCAGUAGGUAUAUAGUUCCGGUAUGUGCAUCGGCUUGGCUGAGGACCCCCGAAAAUGCCACCUACGAAGAGACACGCUUACGAAGCACAGUUUAAACUGCAAGCUAUCAGUUACGUGGAGGAACAUGGGUAUUGAGCAUCCGGGAGAGAAUUCAAGAUCAACGAAUCCAUGGUUCGCAAGUGGAGGAAGCAGGAAAAGGAGCUUCGCCAAGUCAAGAAGAAAAAGAUGAGUUUCUGCGGAAACAAGGCGAGGUGGCCCGAGUUGGAAGACCAACUCGAGCAAUGGAUUAAUGAGCAAAGAACAGCCGGGAGAAGCGUCUCUACAGUCACCAUUUGACUGAGGGCAAUAACUCGGAGCUAGCCAUCAUUCCGGGAGGCUUGACGUAGGAACUCCAACCGCUGGACAUCGGUGUAAACAGGGUGUUCAAAGUGAAGUUGCGAGCAGCAUGGGAGUGAUGGAUGACAGAUGGCGAACACAGCUUUACUAAGACUAGGAGGCAGCACCGGGCAAGUUACGCCACAAUUUGUGAAUUGAUUGUGGAAAGCUUGGGCUAACGUGUCUGCUUGUGCACUGCUUUCAUAAAAGCCGGUAUCAUUUCUGAGGAACCCGCAUGGCAACGAGAGUGACUCUGACAAUGACGAGAGGGAAACUGGCAUGUUUGAUGGAGAACUUGCCCAGCUGUUCAUUUCGGAUACAGAACAUGAGGACUUUGAUGGAUUUGUGGAUGAGGAUUGAUCAAAAAAUAACAUGAGUACAUUGUUAAAUACUUCAAUAAAGUACAACCGAACUCAGUUUUGCUCCCGCUGCCUUUUUAAAAACAUUGUUUUCGCGUGCAUGCAUGCAACCGUAUGUUUUACCAUGCCUGCACCCAAUAAUACGGUGCGCCUUAUGUAUGUGUUAAAUACAGAAAUAGACCCCGUAACUGAGACUGCGCCUUCUAAUGCGGUGCGCCUUAUGGUCGUGAAAAUACGGUAUUCUAAAACAAGCCCUGAAAAUAAAUGUUGAUUUUGGAUUAAUUUGAGAUUCAUUACUUAAAGACUGCAGUAUUUUAUUUAUACUGUGCUGUACCAAAUUAAUAUUAGUGUAAUAUUAGACUAUAGAACAUAUUUUACUGGGAACUGCUGAUCAUAAUGCUUAUAAGCAUUGUAGUUUUCAACAAAGGAUGUUCAAGUUUCCAACACCUCUGAAUGCACCACACACAAUAAUUAUUACACUAUUCAAAUGUUCGCUUUCUCAUGCCUUUCUCUUGCUGGUUACAAACCAGGGUGGAAUACAAAUUAAGUACUUAUUAAACUGAUUUGUUUACAAUAGGCAUGAAUCUGGAGCCAUUCCAGCUGUAACUUUGCUUAUUUCUCGGAUUGUGGCUUUGGAGAUUUCUGAAAACCUCAGUUGGACUGACUUAAAACAUAUCUACCUGGAUAAUUCAGCAUACCUCUUUUUGUGGGUAAGAACUGUAUGAUAGACGUAGUUUCUGUGGCGUUGUUUCUAACUUUUUACAGUUCCAACAUUAUUGUAUUUGUAGAUUUUGGUGGUACAUUUUUACAUGUCCUUUUUUGAGUACCCACAACAUGACUGUUGUAUGCAGAUUCAGCAUUAUUGAUUUGCUUUUGUACUUCUGAAUGUUCAAAUGACACAUUUAGUUUAGAUAUUUUUUGUAAAUGUGCAACAUGUCACAUUUUUUUUUAUAUGAAACCAUUUUAAAGACGAACCAACUUUUUUGUCAAGGGAAAUUUUGUUGAGAAAUAAAACAAAAAGCAUGAUAA